CAAGUUUCACUGUUCGGUGUCCCUGAUUUAUACCAUACACAAUCAAAAUCAGUAGUGUAGUAAGAUUUUCAAAAGGCAAAAAAUGUCAAAUACUCUUGAUUAUGGCAGAAAAAAAUAGAUCGAACGAAGGACAGUACUUCCUUCAAUUGAAAAACUUUAUCGAUUUAAGCCAAAAUGAAGCCGAUCGUGUGCAUUCAGCUGUGGAUGCAGCUGCCAAGCUCGGAAAAAAAUUUGAUAAGGUCUCGCAGGCAGGAACUUCCGAAAAGCAGGAUGAAUCCCGAACCAUAACUAUCAAUAAAGGAACACAACGUCGUCUGCGAACUGCCUUGAAAUUGCUAGACCUCUUCGAGGGCAAAUAUAGCAGUGAUAGCGAAUGUUUGAUGGAUUCCGAGUCUUUACAUGGUUCAGUCAAAAGAAGUACUCGACGAUUGCAAGCUAUGCAGGAUCUCUCACCCAGGGAUUUUCUCGGUCUUUGUAGGGAUUGUCGAACACGGUGCAGAGGUUGUGGAAGACGUCCAUCGGCAGUUCUUAUGGCAAAACGUAGAAGAUUUUAAUAAGGAAUAUGGAGAAUUGGAUAUGUCAUAUAAACAAAGAUAAAACCGUACAUGUCAUGUC